AUGGCACCUCCCUCGGGCGCACGCAAGCGAUGGCCCGCACGCAAGCCACCCCUGGGCAACGUAGGCGGUGGACUUAUUGCCACCCCUUUACCGGCGCCGACUCCGCCUACGCGCUCGAACCAGGAAGCCCCCCUCUUUCUCUCCGAUGCCGAUGACGACGACGACGAUGACGACUCGGAUGAGAUGGACAUGGUCGCGGGCCCUUCCCCCUCCACCACGGUCGAGUUGAAUGGACAGAUCAGUCGCCCUUCGGUCUCUGCUACGACACUGGCUCAACGACGGCUGCGGGAAGCCUCGCUCGAUUCGAACGCUCUCGAUCUCGAAGACGACGAUCCGGACCGUGCCUCCUCAGCUUCGGCCUUGCCCCCUCCGCCUCCAAAACGACCCAAGACGACCAAAGCCACGACAGCCAAGACAAAACAAGCCAAGGGGAACCAAAAGGAAUCGCAGUUCAUCCCCUCGGUCGAGUUCCCACCUCAUUUCGUCAAGUUGGAAAAGACGUUCAAGGUGGGGGGCCCCCGCGCGUCUUGACAUCGCGUCGGCCGCGUCGAAAUGUGACAUUCGCGGGGAGGAGGCAUUGUCGGUUCCUUGGCCGGCGGCUGACCAUUCUUUUGUACGACCAGGCACUCAAUACGGUCUACACGUUCGUCCAGACGCGUAAAUCUUUGGCCACGACAUUCGACAUCCUCAAAGGAUCCGUGGAAUCCCUCAUAAAGAGGUGAGCCUAUCCUCUCCUCUCCUCUCACACCUCGUUCUUCCCCUGAGGAACACACUGGUCUCACAACGCAGACCCCUCGAGAUGCACGACAUUGCGCAAAUCAAAUCACUUCUUCCUCAACUCGUCACCUUUGCCUACAUCGAUGCCGAGAUGUUACGCAUCCAUUCCACCUCCGCCAACCCAUCCGGUCACGAUGGAGCAGAGGACGAUGCUCGGUCAAGACGGAUGAAGAAAGCGAGGGAAUUGGACGAGGCGUAUGCUGAGGCCGCUGCUCAAGUACAAGAGGUUGGAGGUAGUCAUAAUAAGAAGGAAUCGGCCGUUUUAAUGUUCUCUUUCAAUGAUGGGGAGCUCAAGUCAAGUAACGGGGUCGGGAAAGUGAUCACGAGGAAGUGGCAGUGAGUGGCGCGCAUUGUCUUGGGAGAUGAAGCAGAAUUCAAGGCUGCUCACGUGACGCUUGAGCCCCAGACGCAAGAAGCAGGAGAAACAUCCACAAGAGAUGCAGAGACAAAAUUCGGCCGAUGGCAAAACGCCCGUUCGAAGCAGCUCAUCCGAUAAGGUCCCACAGUAUUCGAAGGAGUCCAUGACGUCCCUGAUCGAACGAAGGAACGCCAAAUUCUCCGCCGCCGUAUCCGAGCUUCUCGUAGCCUGUGCAGCGGCCGUACCACCCGAAGAUCCCGUCACUCUUUUGCUCGCAGCGACGGAUGAUAAUCUUCCUGUAAAGCCGGGGGAUGAAGACGAGGAGAGGAAAGGUCUUGCUGAGAAGAGAGAGGAUCUCGAGUUUUACCAGAGGAACCCGGAUCGGAGGCCGAGUAUUGAGAAGAUUGUGGUCGAGUUGAUGCAUCAGAAGGAAUAUAGGGGACAGAUUGUUGAGAAUGGACAUAGGAUCUUUGAUGCUCGCAAGGGCGUGUAUGGUGUGUUCCCUUUCUGGCUCUUGUUCGUGCGAUCCUGAGCUGACGAUGAAAUCUCGAAUCUCCCCUAGGCGAUCUCGACCUCCCUCUCUCCACCUCCGUCUGGGACGCCCUCUACACGACCAAAAAAAUUACCCAAUUGUAUUCCCACCAAGCCCAAGCGAUCAACACCCUCGACGCAGGCCACAACGUCAUCGUAUCCACCUCCACUUCAUCCGGAAAGUCCCUCAUUUAUCAACUUCCCGCGUUGAAGGAGUUGGAGAAGGAUCAUGAUGCGACAGCGAUGUAUAUAUUUCCCACUAAGGCGCUGGCGCAAGAUCAGAAACGCGCGCUGGCGGAGUUGUUGGCGGCUUGUGGAGGAUUGGAAGAUGUCAAGGUGAGGCUUGAGGUCCGGGCGCAGAUGGAAAGGACGUGCACGGUGGCUCACUGACAUGAGUAUUAAACGGCAGAUCGCGACGUUCGACGGUGAUACUCACCGGGAAGACAGAGAUUACCUGCGAGAGAAUGCGAACAUUGUGUGUUCUCUUCUUUCUGCACCCAAAUAACGGAUCACUGACUCGGGAGCCGAUGCCCGACUUGACAGAUCUUCACCAACCCGGACAUGCUCCAUCUCACCAUCCUCCCCCGCGAACAAAGCUGGCGCCGCUACUUCAGCAACCUCAAAUUCGUCGUUGUCGAUGAGUUGCAUUACUACGCUGGACUAUUCGGAUCCCACGUCGCCUUCAUCAUGCGGAGGUUGAGGAGAAUCUGCGCAGCGGUCGGGAAUGAUAAGGUCAAGUUCAUUUCGUGUAGUGCGACGAUCGCAAAUCCGAAGGAACACAUGCAGACGAUGUUUGGACUGGAAGAUGUUAUGGUCGUUGAUGUCGAUGGGUCGCCGACGGGGAAGAAAGUAAGUCUGGCUUUCUUUGCACAGGAGGCGUAGAUGUGGCUGACGGAUGUCAGCUUUUGAUGCGCAGGAGUAUCUCAUCUGGAACCCACCUUUUAUCGAUGACCAAGAUCCCAAACAAGGACGGAUCAACAACAUGUACGAAGCAUCGAGGAUCUUCCGUUUCUUGAUGGACCGAGGCAUUCGGGCAAUCGUGUUCUGCAAGGUGAGAUACGUUCAUCCUGUACCCACUUGCCAGCUGAACAAGCUGACUCGGGAUACUACCCCCAGGUUCGCGCGCAAUGUGAACUGUUGAUGCGACAAGUCCGCACGGAUCUUAUGGUCGAAGGGCGCAGUGAUAUGGCCUCCCGUGUCAUGUCUUAUCGAUCUGGGUACAGCGCUGCUGUGAGUACUCAACCGAGGACGCUUAAUCUAUUUGGAAAAGAAAGGUUGAAAUGUCAGAUCCACAGGAUCGUCGUCGCAUUGAACAAGAAAUGUUCUCCGGCCAACUGCUCGGGGUGAUUGCCACGACCGCCCUCGAAUUAGGCGUCGAUAUCGGAUCCCUCGACGCGGUAAUCACCGUCGGAUUCCCCUACACGCUCCCCGGUCUACGCCAACAAGCUGGACGAGCCGGUCGACGCAACAAGGAUUCUCUAGCGAUGUUGAUCUGCGACCCUUGGCCUUUGGACCAACAUUACGCUCGGAACCCGGACCAGAUUUUUACUUCGCCUUUCAGUGAACUAGGGAUCGAUCUGACGAACCCGAUCGUCUUUGAAGCGCAUCUCCAAUGCGCAGCGGACGAGAUGCCCGUUCAAAUCGAAGUCGAUACACACUACUUCGGACCCGAAUUGGCACGCGUAGCAAGAGUUCGCCUCGUCGUGGAUGAAGAAGGUUUCUACCAUUGUCAUCCGAAACAUAAACCUUACCCCGCUAAGGCGGUGCCGAUUAGGAGUACGGAGGAGGACUCGUAUACGAUUAUUGACAUUUCGGAAGGAAGGCACGAGGUCAUGGAGGAGAUCGAGACGAGUCGGGCGAUCUUUACGACGUACGAGGGUGCGAUUUACCACCACAUGGGCAGGACAUUCCUCGUUCGUGAGGUCAAUCACGAUCGCAAGAUUGCGCGGGUCGAGCUUGCGCAAGUGGAAUGGCGCACACGCCAACGUGACUUUACCAACAUCGACCCCUUGGAGCCCUUGACCAUUCGGGAGAUCACAGGGUCUCCGUGUACGGCGUCGUAUGGUCUUGUCGAGAGUACGUUUCUAUCUGCAAGUUACCACCAUUGUCCUAGUGACUCAUUCAACUUCCCCCGGAAUUGCAGUUACCUCGAUCGUCUUCGGUUACUUUAAAACCGACAAGCGCAACAACAUCCUCGACACGGUCGACAUUUCAUCCCCACCCUUCAUCCGCCGUUCCCACGGGUUCUGGAUUGACGUCCCGGCCUCAGCCUUGGAAAUCCUCUUGUUAAAGAACCUUCACCCCGCCGCGUCGAUCCAUGCGGCCGAACAUGCGCUGAUGAGUUUGACCCCCAUCGUCGCGAUGUGCACCGAAGGUGACGUGAGGACCGAGUGUAAACAGCCUGAGAAGGAGUUUGCGAGUAUGCCUAGUAGUCGAAAACGACCGGCGAGGUGAGCGAUCGUGUUCUCUUGCACCAUCCACUAGUACGCCCCGGCGCUGAUCUGGAACUGGCCGUCCUUGCGCAGAUUGAUCCUGUAUGACUCGGCCGGCAUGUCGGGAGGGAUCUGUGCCAAGGCGUUCGAUCACAUAUCCGUACUGAUACGGCAAGCAGCAGAUACGAUCGCGAAUUGCAGAUGCACCGAAGGGUGUCCAUCCUGCGUCGCUUCCCACAUGUGUUCGGGAGCCAAUACGAGUGAGUGCAAGCCGUGGGAGCUGGUCUCCAGUGGGGAUAAAUCGCCUUGACGAAACCUCUCUAUUCCUUCAGUCGUCUCCAAGCUCGGCGCCCUCGUCGUGCUCGACUCGAUCCUCAACCGCCCCAUCGACAUCGAUGCAAUACCCCUCCAAAAACCCGCCCAAGGAAUCGUCCCAGGCGGUUCGAUCGAUCUCGCCGGCGCGGGCGUCCGAAGAUCCCACAUCAAUAAAGCUCAUGACGUUCAACAACGGGGGACGGUGGAGAAAGAGGGUGUUAUGGAAGAGGAGGAAAUUUCGGAAGCUGAAGUGAGGGAGAGGGAUCGCGUGCUUGCGGAGCUGUUGGGUGGGGGACCGGGUUCGGAGACUCCACAGGUUCCGCAGACGGCAGAAGUCCGAGAAGGGACGAGGUACGACAUCACCAAAGGGGGUGGUUUCAUGUCUCGCUGA